UCGAAUUUGACGAAACUGAACCCUAAAUCUGACAAAACCUUUUAAUCGAAUUCUCAGAAUCGCCGGUACGUAGCCCACCGGAGUCGUCGUUUUUCUUUUCUGAGCAUAUCAAAGAAGACGAGUUCGAGCCCUCUGUUGGAAUGGAAACUACUCAAAGAGAUGAGCUUGCAAGCUUCUUAAAUGUUCUUCCCACUGUGGAUUUCUGUUGUGUUUAUGGUUCAACAUUGCACCCAAAUAACCAAGAUAAGUCUAAAAUGGUGGACUAUAUCCUUGGAGUCUCUGAUCCCAUGCAAUGGCACUCUGAGAAUCUGAAAAUGAAUUCAGAUCACUAUGCUUCAUGGAUGGUUCACCUUGGUGGAGCCAAGCUGAUUACGAAAGUUGCAGAUAAUAUUGGAGUUGGAGUUCACUUCAAUCCAUUUGUCAAUUGGAACGACAGGAAGCUAAAGUAUGGGGUUGUUCGAAUGAAUGACCUAGUACAGGACAUACUGGACUGGGACAGAUUCUACUUGAGUGGCCGUUUACAAAAACCUGUUCAUUUGCUUGUUGAUAAUCUAGACAUAGAAGAUGUGAAUUCGGUUAAUAAGAGAGCCGCAGUAUCUGCAGCGCUUCUUCUCUUGCCAUCAAAAUUCACCGAGGAAGAUCUAUACGCCAAAAUAUGCAGCCUUUCUUACAUGGGCGACUUGCGCAUGUUUUUCGCAGAGGACACCAAUAAGGUGAGCAAGAUUGUGAAGGGACAGUUUGAUCUUUUCCAGUCAAUGUAUAAGCCUUUUCUUGAAGAGUACGAGACGAAACAGUUGCUGAGAUUCUCAUCUGCUGAAGCUAGUCAAGCUAGAUUAGUUCAGGACUCUAGCCUUUCAGCAUCACGCUCUCUGGUUUCUUCUCUUCCCGCAUCAGUAAGAACCCAAAUGGGAAAGUUACUUGGGGAAAAGAAGACCCUGAGUGAGACCGGUAGAGUAUUGGGAGAAGUUUGUAUAGGUUCAAGAGAAGAAGCAGCGAAAUGUAUGGAGAAGGUAAUGAAGCGAAGGGUAAUGGUUUCAAGCGCAAGACAGGCUGUGUCUGGUUUCUUGGCUGCUGGAGCUAUUAAUGCAACAAUGUAUCUUUCCCAGAAGAUGCGCAAAGCUUGGACUUCUCGGUCAUGACUUUGCCAAAACUCCCCACGGAAAGUGAAGAAAGUAGAUCUUGCCCAAGUAGUAAGUCUUCUUUUCGAUGUCAUAGAUGUAGAACUAUAGAGGCAAACGCAUCACUUUUUUCCGUAUUAUUUUAUCUUCUUUAUGGUCAAAUGUAACAAUAGCAAUGAAGCCGAAAGUUACUUUGCAAAAAAAAAAGUUCCAGUUUAGGAUGCAAUCUCUGUUUGAUCAAAUUUGCAAUUAGUGUAUAUAGUUGAUAGGAUUUGAUUUUCUAUAAUGGUUUCUUUUUUUUCUAUAUGAAGUGAUAAAAAAAUCAUUGUAACUAAAUUUAAGUGUUUUAGGAGUCCUCCUCACUGCUCAAAUCACAUGAUAUGACAUCAAAAUGUAACAUAAUACUCACC